CAAACAACUGACUACAGUAGACGGUCCAGCAGACUACUCGAUACUGCUGGCAUUGCAUAAUAUUAAUUUGAAAUGAUGAAAUUCACUGUGGCAGCCUUCACGUUUCUGAACUGCAUGAUGCUACUGUCCACAACCGAAAGUAGACCCCUACAACAACUACGUUGCAACUGUAUUAAUACAUAUUCAGGAAAACCAAUCCCUAUCCAGAAAAUACAAGCACUGAAGGUCAUUCCUGCUGGUGCACAUUGCAAAAAUAUGGCGAUCAUUGCCACGAUGAAGAAAGGAGCAACUUGUCUCAAUCCCACAGAUAAAUGGGUGGAAACUCUCAAGGAAGAAAUGGACAAGAAGAAUAUCAAGAGUCACAAAUUAAUGAAUGUCACAGUUCUUUGACUAAAGAGCACAAAGACAAAUGUUGUGUAACUGAAGGAAAAGCAUCUGUUGUUUAUAAGAUGCAACAGAUUACUGUAUUAGACUUUUACUGCUGGAACUUUGUUAUAUUUUUAUGUAAUUGUCAUCUGAAGAUAA